AUGACGGCAGAGAGCAUUAAAGACACCGAGGCACUUGCUGCUAAUAUUACUUCACUUGAAGAUAUAUUUAAAAUAUUUACCAAAUCUAUUGAAAACACGUUUGAAGGCAAUCCAAAGUACGCUCUUAUGUUUGGGAGAGCCAGCUAUAUAAUGCUAUACAUAGCUUUAGUUUUAUUUAUUCUCGUGUGUUUUCAGGGAACAGUAUAUUUGGGACAUAAGAAGUUUUAUCCUAAGGACGCCUUUCUGUCUAACUAUAUUAUACCCCGCCAUCCAUGGACCUAUUAUUUUGUGUGGAUGGUGAUAUGCGAACAGUAUUUAUUGUUUUUUCUGCUUCCUUUUUCAUAUAUAUGCUGGUCAUUGAACAUGGACUUUACUGUCUUUGCUGUGUUAUCAGGAAUAGUGACCUGGUUUAUUCUGGACAGACUCUUUAAUUAUAAGGCUUGGAUAGAUAGAGAGAAUUCAGAAAGUGGCCACAAUUAUACAGAAAAUGGGUUUAUAUUGUCUAACAGAGACGCACAACAAGAGCCUAGACACGGUUCUUAUGAGAAUAGUAGGGACAUUAGAACAAUGGACAGAGAUGCCAGAGGACCUGGAGAAUGA